GCGACCUGAGUCCUGACCGCGUGAAUUAAAGAGCCGACUACGAGCUCGUCUGGCAGGACGCGAGCAAGCUGAUAUCCGUCUCGCUAGGAGGACAACACGAACGCAAUUCGGGCGUUCACCCCGUGUUCAACGCACCGGCUGACUUUUGCAAAGCAUGACAAGUCGACAGAAAGAUCCUUUCAUGGCCAUCGCCACGACCAGCGGCAGCUCCAGAAAAACCGGCACCAGAGGUCGCAACGCGUCCGGCAUGCCGACGCGAAAGGCCGCCGUCCCGGCCGCGCAUGAGGUCAAGGAGCUACGUAGCGAAGUCCAACGGUUGGACGAGCAGUUUACGGCUCUGUGCGCCAAGUGGAGAGCGGCGCUGCCCGAACGCGACGUGUUGCUGGCAGCCUGCACAGCAGCUAAGCAGAAGACGGUUACUGGUCGCGUGGAGCAGCUCAACCUGCGCCUAAAGGACGAGUUGCUGCAACAGCAACUCUAUUUCUCAGCGCUGCAGCAGAAGCUCACAGAGGCGCCACUAUGGUCGCGCUCUGCACUGUGCCAAGAUCUGUUUGACCGUAUGCACGGCUAUUUGCAUCUCGUCGGGUCAGACCCGGACCGGCGCAAGGAGCAGCUCCAAGCACGCUUCGAAGUGGGUGUCCGGCUCGCCCCAGAGCUCGUGGACAACUUCACACGCGAGUUCGUACCACUCACGUCGCCGGUUCUGCCGAUUUCACGCACCAGCACGGCAGCAACCACGAUCUCGCCGCCACUGAGCGGAAACGACACGGAGAAAGACGGCAGCACGUGUGGCACACUCGUCUCCAACGUCUUCGUGUGUAAAGUGCCAGCCAAUGCCUACAUCCCACGGAUCUUCCAGACGUUGGUCGACAACCUCAAAAACACCUCGAUCGAGCUCGAACGCCGUCUCGGCGUCCUGCUUGAAGUCAAGGUACCGACGGUACUGUUCCCUUCAGACCACGAGGUGGAAAUGGGGGAGUCGACGUACUACGCACGUGUCGAGCGUCAAGACGGUGAGAUGCGUCGCGCGCACACGAACCGUGCGUGGACCGGCAAGUUGAUUAGCGACGACUUGGCCGUCAUCGUGACGGAUUUUGUGGAUGAGGACGAUGACGAAGGAACUGACGCAGCCAGGAAAGAAGCGCAGGACGUACAAGUCGGCAGCGAUGGUGUGCCAUUGGUGCCGCCCACAUCAAAGUCGGGACUUCGUAUCGACAUUUGCUCGAUUGUCACAAUUGCGCGCGUGAAGGACCCAGAAACGCACGAGCCGAUCGUUCUGAUGCGUCGUCUUCGUGUGCAUCGCUACAACUUGCCGCCCAACUCGCCUUGA